GCUGACAUAAUUCUGGCACGUUGUACUUCUAGACAUUAAUGUUAGCUGAUUGUCCUUCGUGCUCUAGCCAGUCAUAACAUUUCAUGUUCUAGCUGUCUUUCAUCGUAGGAUUUGAGGAUAUCAUCUGGUUACCGGAAAAACUAUUCGGACUGGCUGAUAUUAAGAAGGUAUCUCAAACACUGGACCGACUCAACCUGGUAGACUUGAAUGGGUACGGAGACCGUAGAUACAUUGAUCCAGCACAAAUAGCCAAGCCUUUUGGUGACUCCAUUAUGCCUGUGAAAAAGAAGAGAAAGUCCUCUGGCUCAGAUGACUCUGGUCUUAGAAAGUGUAAAAUAACCAGUUACUGCAGAACUCAAACGUCAAGUAGACUGAUAAACACAGAGGAUCAGUUCUCCAAUAAGAAGUGCCUCGCCUGGUUUUAUGAAUAUACAGGUUCUGAUGAAGUUGUGGGACCAGAGGGAAUGGAGAAAUUUUGUGAAGAUAUUGGUGUGGAGCCAGAGAAUAUUGUUAUGUUGGUGCUGGCUUGGAAGCUAGAAGCAGAAAAUAUGGGUUUCUUCACUAAAGAGGAGUGGCUGAAGGGGAUGACCUCACUGCAGUGUGACUGUACAGAGAGGCUACAAGGCAAGCUGGACUACUUGAGGUCUCAGCUUAACGACAGUACAGUGUUCAGGCACAUCUACAGAUAUGCCUUUGAUUUUGCUAGGGACAAAGACCAGAGGAGCCUGGAUAUGGACACAGCGAAAUCAAUGCUAGCUUUACUCUUAGGAAGGACGUGGCCCUUAUUCCCAGUCUUUCAUCAGUUCUUGGAGCAGUCUAAGUAUAAAGUCAUGAACAAGGACCAGUGGUACAAUGUCCUAGAGUUCAGUCGCACUGUCAACGCAGACCUCAGUAACUAUGAUGAGGACGGGGCCUGGCCUGUGCUGUUGGAUGAGUUUGUGGAAUGGCAGAAGGCUCGGUCGGCAUUAUAGCAGAGGCUGGAGCGUGCCAAGCGAGGAGAAGAAGCACACAGGAGGGUGUUCUCCCUCUCUUCCAAAAAACAAAAAAAACAAACAAACAAAUAAGUAACUUAAGUAAAACACACAGCACGCACCCCCACAGGUCACCUCUGUCUCAGUGGAAGGUGAGUGGGAAAUAUGCUCUUAAGAGACUUCUUCAGUGUUCAAUAAAAAAAAGUUCAAUACAGGAAGAAGGACUAACAGCUAUUUUUCGUAUGUCUUGCAUAUUGUUGCAAUGGUUACAUAGCCAGUGUUGUAAGAUCUGCUGGGGAAUUUCUUUGUUUCUGUAAUAUUUUUUUUUUUUUUUUUUUUUUUUGAGUCUUACAUUGUUUAUAGUGUUUUCAAAGGAAAAUAAAGAAGUAAAUUGUA